AUGUCUCCCUCUUUCCAGUCCCUGCUAGCUAUCGCAACCCUUGCAGGCUCAGCCGCCCUUGCAUCCCCGAUCCCGGAGUCACAAACACCUCAGCUCAUCCCUCGGGCUGUUGGUGAUUUUGAGUGCUUCAACGCCAGUCUUCCCAAUAUUACCAUCUUUGCAACUGGCGGAACCAUCGCUGGCGAAGCUGGUUCGGCUGAUCAGACCACGGGCUACCAGGCUGGUGCAUUGGGCAUCCAAGCUUUGAUCGACGCUGUCCCGCAACUGUGCAACGUCUCCAACGUCAGGGGCGUGCAGAUCGCCAAUGUUGAUAGCGGCGAUGUCAACUCUACAAUCCUGACCACUUUGUCGCACCGCAUCCAGGCUGAUCUUGACAACCCUCACAUUCAAGGUGUUGUCGUCACCCAUGGCACUGACACUCUCGAGGAGUCUUCUUUCUUCCUCGAUCUCACUGUUCAAAGUGAGAAGCCUGUUGUUAUGGUUGGAUCCAUGCGUCCCGCCACAGCCAUUAGCGCCGAUGGCCCUAUCAACCUCUUGUCUGCUGUCCGUUUGGCUGGUAGCAAGAGUGCCAAAAACCGCGGCACAAUGAUUGUACUUAACGACAAGAUUGCUUCUGCGCGCUACACUGUCAAGUCCCACGCCAACUCUGUCCAAACUUUCAUUGCGGAAGAUCAAGGUUACCUCGGUGCCUUUGAAAACAUUCAGCCCGUCUUCUGGUACCCUGCUAGCCGACCACUGGGUCAUCACUAUUUCAACAUCAGCACCAGCUCACCUAAGAACGCCCUGCCUCAGGUCGACGUCUUAUACGGCCACCAAGAAGCGGACCCCGAACUUUUCCAAGCUGCUAUCGAUAGUGGCGCCCAGGGCAUUGUUCUCGCUGGUCUCGGCGCUGGUGGCUGGCCUGAUGAAGCUGCUGAUGAGAUCAAGAAGGUCUUGAACGAGACUGACAUUCCCGUUGUUGUCAGCCGUCGUACUGCUUGGGGAUAUGUUGGAGAGCGACCUUUCGGUAUCGGUGCCGGGUACUUGAAUCCUUCAAAGGCCAGAAUUCAACUGCAGCUUGCGCUUGAGAAGAAGCUUUCUGUGGAAGAGAUCCAGGAUGUAUUCGAGUACAUUUGA